GACCGUAACUGAGUAAAUGGAACGGAUACGCCAGAAAAGCGACACGCCCUCUGUUGGCCUGGCGGGGUAUUGCUUUGCAACGCUCCCAGGUGACGGAGAAGUCUGAAGGCCAUGCUGAACGCACGUCUCAGUUACUGUUGUUUCCUCUGCGGAGCCCUCUGCCUUGGGGCCGGUGGUCGGUGGUCGGUGGUCGGUGGCGGCAGCCAGGGCGCUCCUCGGGUAGUGCCCGGGCAGUGGUGGGGUCUCCGCCCUCGCUCCCUGGGCAUCAUGGGCCGGUGCCUUGGCUGCUGCCGUGGAUCUGUUGCUGUCGAGGCAGAUGGCUCCACUGAUGAUGUGUCGUCCAUUACCUGACCCAUCUGAACUCAGCCUACUGUUUACCCUGUUGCUCACGUGUGUGUGUGUGUGUGUGUGUGUGUGUGUGUGUGAGUGUGUGGGUGAGUGUACGUUCACCUUGGAAAUUGGUUGCGGGAGGGGAAGUGUAAUUGUCAAUUGUUUAAUACUUGGGGAGGGGGGCUGGGAUGGGAAUAUGGGAUCUAUGGGGCCAUUUUAAUCUGUGAAGCACUUUGAGUUGCAUUUUUUUGUAUGAAAAGUGCUAUAUAAAUAAAGUUGUUUUGAUUUGAUCAAAGAAUUGAUGAGUUGGAACAAAAUGCUCGAGCCACUUAUCACUGGGCUGGAAACCAAGCAUCGCAGUUAUGCAAGAGCUACAGCAAGAGAUCAAGAAGGCGAGGAUGCACCACCUGAAGAGCUACACACACUGGAGGAACAGGUUAUUUAUUUCUUCAGCAUCAAGAAGAAUAGCUUACACAGGGUGAACGCCUUGAAAUAAUGAUAUUUGAGUGAUGUCGGGUGAACGCCUUAAAAUAAUGACAUUUGGGUGAUGUUGGGGUGAAAAACCCUAAAGUCAGGAUAUUUGGGUGAUGUUGGGAAGAAAACCCCGAAAUGAUGAUAUGUGGGUAACUUGAAGGUAAAAAAAUAAUAAAACUAGAAGCAAUCAUAUCCACGAAAUAAUAAUAAUAAAGGUUAUUAAUGUCAAAAACUUUCUGGUGCAUAAAAAAGGACUCUGCCUGCUGAAGCAGCAGCAGGUCUCUUAAUAAAACAGCAAUCAAUUAAUUAAUUAACUGCCCACAGUUAGCAUAUUGGGCAGACCUCCCCAGGGAGGCUGUGGCUACAAGUAGCUUACCAUCACUAGCAGUGUGUGAAUGUGAGAGUGUGUGAAAGCGUCUUUGGGGGGUCUUGAAAAGCGCUAUAUAAGUUCAAUGCAUUAUUAUUAUUACCAACUUUAGAAUAUGCAAAUUUAGCAGCAUAAUUUGCAUAUUCAACAUAAUUAGCAUAUGCAAAUAUGUUGCAUAUGCAAAUUAUGUUGCCUAGCAACAUGUUGUGCAUCUGCUUUAUCAUAUGCAAAUUAGGCAGGUUCCGAGUGACAUCAUAAAGGGAUACAUUCCAUCACUCACAAAGGCUUAGUCACUCAGACUGUAAGCACCUACUUACUUGCUCUAACAGACAAAACAUCGCAGACAGUAGGAUACACUUUUUUUUGCAGAAAAGCUUGACUUUUAAAUCAGUCUUUCACACAACAAAAUGGCAAUGCUACUCAAUGCCCUGAAAAGAUGUAAUGACUUUUUGUGUCUAGACUGUGAGUCGUGUAAUACGACAAAAGCGGAUGCAGAAACCACCAAGCAGGUGAAGAAACUGGAAAAACAGAAUCUCGAGUCUCAGGUAAAUAAUUUACAAGAUUCUCUUAAGGCUAGAGACGACACCAUCGAGAAAUUAAUAUGUGAAAUAGUUACUUUGAAAGAGAAAUCUGGUCUGAGGCAACUUGAGAUGGAGAAACAGAUGUCAGAAAGCAUUAGAAAACUAGAACAGGACCAACAAGUGGAAAAGGACGCUAUGCAGAAGGUUUACAUGCAACAGCUAGAGGAAAUUGGUGACCUUAAACAAAGGCUUAUUUCAGUAGAGGUGACAAAAGGACUUCAAAGUAAAUUAUUGGAAGAUAAUUCUCACCUAACAAAACAAAUAAGUGCUCUCUUGGAAAACCUGCAAAUUCAACAAGAAAGGAAUAAGGAUUUGGCUUCUGAGUUAAAAGAAACUAGUCUGAUGAAAGUCCAGAUUGAAACCCUGAAGAAUGAGAAUGAAAAGUUAAAACUGAGUGAAUACAGUCUCUCCAGAGCUCUGGAAGAACAAAUCACCCUUCGGGAAACUACAGAGAAGCUAAACAAAGACUUGAAAGAACAAUUAACUAAGAUGGAGCAGGAUUUUACAACUCUCAAGCUACAAGAACAUACCUCUGUUCAAUAUCAGAAAGACGCAUGUGCAAAUCAACAGGCUAAAGAGAAACCCCAGCUUCUGAAAGACGUAGGCUCUAUCUCAGACUUUCUACGAAAUCAGGUGAAAAAAAAUAAUGAUUUGAAAUCAGAAUUAAAUGACAACAGUAAAAUGCUGAAUGAAGAGGAUAAUAGUUUGAAGAUGAGUAAAGGCACUCAAGGUUUCAACUUCAAAGCCACGGCAAACAUUCAACACCUUCAAGACACAAUAAAACCAGACAACAGUGAUUUUAAAAAACAUUGCAGAGAAACAGGAGUAAUCAUUGAAGACGACAGCCACUUGUCUUCUCAGAGAGAGAUCCAGCCGGUUUCUGAAUCAAAUCAUCAACAUUUUGAGGACGAAGAGCCGAGUUGCUCUUAUUCACAAAAUCAGACUCAGAGAGAGUUCUUCUAUACUAUGACACCAGAAGAUUACUAUGAUUUUCUAGUACAAGGAUUUUUGUCAGAACUAGACUAAUUACGAAUUAGUCUAGAAAUAGUCCUAAAGAAACUGUGAAGUGUAGUGUAGUGUGGUAUUUACUACUCUUAAACUAGUAUUAGUGAGGCCAUCGCGGCCCCCUAGGGGCAAUAGGAUUGAUAACGACAGAGAUAAAACAAAUAGAUUAAAAGGUUGUAUCUCAAGCAGUUAAGAUAAAAACCCAUCACAUAAAAGCCAUACGACAGAAACGUGUCUUCAGGUGACUUAAAAACCUGCAGUGAUGGUGACUAGUUAGGGUUAGGAGUAGACUGGUAAUAGUUAGAGGUAGGGUUAGGGUUAGGGAUAAUCCAGUCGUUAAAAUAAGCAACAACUUAGUUGAUUGGCUGAACAUGAAGCUUACGGAAGUGACGUUAUCACGUUAUGAUUUUGAUUGGUCAGAACAAAUUUGCGGUCGUAGUCUUAGCGGUUGUAGUCCUGUAGUCCAAAAAUCAACACUUUUUGGAGAAAAUAUGUUUGAAUUUCUAAAGGAAAUGUAAAAUAUAAGCAAAUGAUAAACGCUGACCCUCAAAAGCUCUUGAUGUUGAUGAAAUGUGGCAAAAUAAAAUAUAAUAACUUUAUUGAAAGACACCAAGCAAUAUUUUGAGUCAAAGAAUGUAUUUAGAUAACAACUAAGGAAAUAUACAGAUGAACUCCACAUUAAUACUAACAGAUGUGGCUUCACAUAUAAGAACUGUUCUAGUUUUUGUCAGCCCGGUGUUGGUUUUAUGCAGUUUCACAUUCUUUACUAAACAAAGACAAUAGUGUUAUAUUAACAAAUUACAAUUAUAAAGAAAACAUUUAGUUGUUAACAAACAAGAAUUUAUUAACAAAACUGCUGAUGUCUUUCCAAAACGUGUGUGUGAAAGCCGAGUAGAUGUGCAGUCUUGUGACGUCAUCAGCAGUCGAAGGACCCCGAGCUGAUCCUGUACCCGAGCAGAUCCUGUACCGACACCGGCAGGGAGGAGAGGAGAACGGGGAAUGCUGCGUCCAGGAGAUUUAUGGGGCACAGGUGAGUAAUCCAGCGGGAUCGUGGAAAAGUCCAAGUAGUCAAUCAGAGGAACCACAGGAAAACCAGAGAAGCUCCAGAAGCUCCAGAAGUCCAAGGAGAUCUUGAGGAGUCAAGGCAAGGUCCACAAAUGAUCCAGGUAAGCACAAGUAUAUCCACAAGGCUUCUAAAAUCCAAAAAUCACUAGAGCUAACCUGGAGACACAUCAUCCGGUGUUGAGAUGUGUUCUCCUCCUCCUCUCAUAGCUGGACCCGCUGAUUAUUAAUGAGCUGCAGCUGGAGCCUCCCUCUCCUGAAACACAGCAGCUCAAAGAUAGAACAAAAAUGAGAGGAGCACUCAUCCCGGCACAUGACACUGAUGAGCAGGGCUGUGUAUUUGCUGCUAUCCUGGGGGACGUCUCAGCUCCCAUCCCACUAACGUUUUUAGUUCAUGAGUGUUGUAACCAGUGUGGGACUUUGGUUCUCUGUCAGAAUUAUGUUAAAAGAGUAAGAGGGAAAGCGUUGUAAUACUUAGAGAGGAAGCAAAAAUUUCCCUGUGUGUGUGUGUGUGUGUGUGUACCGGUUUAUACAUGGAACCGAAAUGGUUACACCCCCCGCGCACCACGAUUGGAAACCUUUCUAGGGGAAACACUGUGCCGUGUAAGUUGUGGGUUUAGGCUACUGGUGUUGGUUCUUUGCUGGACACCAUACUUGAGCUGGUGUUACCACAAGGGGCAGGAUCUUGUUCAGCGUUUCCUCAUAGUUUGAAUAAGUAAGUUCUGCUGAUUGCUAGUUCUAAAGUUUAUUGAAAUAUGAAAUGAGAUGUUCGUAAAGGUAACAAUAAAAGUUUGUAAGUUUAAGAUUUUGUAUAAAUACAUUAGGUUCAGCUGGUCACUCCAUGGUACAUCCUGGGUUCUGUUUACUACUUUUAGAUUAGGGCUGGGCAAUAUAGGGAGCCUAAGUCACUUCCGGACAACGGGUCCCCGGAAGAACGAAAAAAAAAAAGGAAUACAAGCCAACGGGGCUACAAACGCUAUUUUCUAAAUCCGCUUGUUUUGUGUCAUGGAUUUCACAUAUGAUGUCCAUGAACUUCGAAGAAGCAUUUUGAUACCAAGAACAAGCUUUUUUUCAAACGGGGAAAUGCUAUUUUAGAUUUUGUGUAAAAAUAAAUCCAGGACUACAAAUGCGCUUCACGAGAGUGACGUCCUCAAACCAGACACAGAGAAAACUUAGGAAAAAGGGCUGUAAGUUCAGCAAAGUUCGGCAACGGGGAACCAGGAGAUGGGAACGGGCAAGCCGUGGGGGCCGGCGACGGGGAAUCAGGAGGCGGGAACGGGCAAGUCGUGGGGGCCGGCGACGGGGAACC